AUGAAAGCUUUCAACUCCUCCGUCGGCAUCCUCUCGCUGCUCGGCAACUUCAUUUCACCAGGAACGCCAGAGGCUCCUCAAGCCGUCGCCGUCAUGUCUGCUACUACCUACAGCCUCCCGGCGCUCCCGUAUGCAUACAAUGCCCUCGAACCCCACAUCUCGGCCCAGAUCAUGGAGCUGCAUCACAGCAAGCACCACCAGACCUAUGUCACGAACCUCAAUGCUGCCGUGAAGUCCCAGCAGGAAGCGAUCCAGUCCUCAGAUAUCCCAGCCCAGGUCUCCCAGUCCAGAACGUAA